GCGUGUGUGUGGCGGAAAGUCCCUAGCUCUGUGGAAAUCCCCACUCUUUUCCGUGUUGAAGAAGCCGUAUUGCUUAAAUUAAGUUUAACACUGUGAGCUAGAAUCUUAUACCGUGAGGACACUACAACAUAUCUGUGAGUUAAGGUUAAUGGCGCUAUGGACGACUGCGGUUACAUUCAGUGAAGUGCCAGUGGUCUAGUCGGAGCAUCUUAUGGGCUUUGUUGAUACCGACAUAUUGAACAGUACCGAGUUGGUGCCGAUUAUUCCGGAAUACGCCAUGUCGCAGGGUCAAAAUUUCCUGCCCAAGUUCUUGUUUGUGAGCAACCUGUUCAAGGCCAUGAAGAUCCGGGAGAGGGUGCCCAACGACGUGGUCAAGCCGUCGUCCAGUGGUGGCCUGGUGCACCACCUGCGGGGCAUGCACCGGCACACGCUGGAGAUGAUCCGCAUGAGCCACUUCCACCAGACCUUCCGCGAGGUCAUCCAGUCGGCCAUCUUGGACCGGGCCAUGCAGACCUCCCUGGAGCAGGAGAAGAGGCUCAACUGGUGCCGCGAGGUCAAAAAGCUGGUGCCACUGCGAACCAAUGGGGACGGUAACUGCCUGCUCCAUGCCGCGUCCCAGUACAUGCUGGGGGUGCAGGACACGGACCUGGUCCUGAGGAAGACCCUGUACGCAGUGCUGAAGGAGACCGACACGGCUGACUUUCGAGCACGCUUCCAGACAGAGCUGCUCCACUCACAGGAGUUCACCCAGACAGGCCUCCGCUACAGCACCAUGAACUGGGAUGAGGAGUGGAAGAAGAUCGUGGACAUGGCCUCACCAGUGUCCAGUAGCAACGGCCUGCAGUUUGACUCACUGGAGGACCUCCACAUCUUUGUGCUGUCGAACAUCCUCCGGAGGCCCAUUGUGGUCAUAGCAGACAGUGUGGUAAGAAGUAUGAAGUCUGGAUCCUCUUUCGCCCCGCUCAAUGUGGGCGGCAUCUACCUGCCCCUGCACUGGCCCGCCAGUGAGUGCUACAAGUAUCCCAUAGUGCUCGGCUACGACUCACAGCACUUCGCUCCCCUCAUCACCAUCAAGGACAGCGGCCCAGAAAUCCGAGCCGUGCCACUGAUCAAUCCGGGCCGCGGCGGCUUUGAGGAGCUGCGGGUGCACUUCCUGACUGAGAAAGAGCACCAGCAGAAGGAGCGCCUGCUGAAGGAAUACCUGAUGCUGAUCGACAUCCCCGUCAUCGGCCUCCCCUGCGACACAACGCGCAUCAUCAGUGCAGCCAGGUUGGAUGAAGGGAACCUCCCAGAGGAUAUGGACCUGAUGGAGGACUACUUGCAGCUGGUCAACCACGAGUACAAGCGCUGGCAGGAGGACAAAGAGGCCCUCUGGGCCCCUCAAGCCCAGCAGCGGCCGCCGCCCUUCUCCGUCUCACAGCUCUCGCUCAUCGAGAUCCGGUGCGCCACGCCGCGCUGCACCUUCUACGUGUCGGUGGACACGCAGCCGCACUGCCACGAGUGCUUCGAGAAGCGGCAGGCCAGCCGGAAGCUGGAGCCCAACGUGACGUCGUCGGUCGGACCCGGGGUUGUGGUGGGGACGACGGGGGCGGGGGUGACGCUGGGAGGGCCGAUAGCGGCCGAGUCGGAGGGAGGACGCUAUCGGGGGGCCCCUCCGGCGCCCACGACUGUUGACCGCACCCAGAUUCCGAGCCCGCGGUCAGCCCCUCCGACUGCCCCCAGCCUGAGCCUGUACAGCGAGACGCACGCCAUGAAGUGCAAGACGCCCGGCUGCCUGUUCACGCUCAGCGUGGAGCACGAUGGACUGUGCGAGCGCUGCUUCGCCGCCCGGCAGAACCCGCCGCCACCACCGCCGCCGGCCAACACAAACACCACGCCCCUCAACGGCCCCACGCACUACGUCUGGAGCCAGUGCCCCGGCGGCAGGGACCGCGAGCGAGACCGGGACCGAGACCGCGAGCGAGAAUGGGACCGCGAGCGCGAGAGGGACCGCGAGGCCGAGCGCUGUAGCAUGUGCCGCCAGGAGGCCUUCAGGAUAUUCAACGGACUGUGCCCGCCCUGCAUGCAGCGGACAGAGGUGGAGAGGGGCGAGCCCCAGCUGCCCGGGCCCCCCCGCAUCGACCCCUUGGCUGCCUCGUCCUCGGUGUGGACGCAGCUCCGUGACGCGGAGCGGCCAGCUGCUUGGGGACUCACGCCCCGGCACGUGCCCACCAACACGGCGCGGCUGUGCAAGCGCAGCGGCUGCCAGUUCUUCGGCACGCAGGAGAAGCUGGGCUUCUGCACCAUCUGCUAUGUGGACUAUCAGACCAACCACCAAGCACCACCAGCUACCGUCCAGCCACGUCACACGUCUGAGGCGGGCUUCCAGAACUGCCCGCGGUGCCGGGGGCCUGGUUGCGGAGCGUUGGGCAAGGCCAUGCUGGAGGGCUACUGCAACAAGUGCUACGUGAAGGAGCAGAGCGCCCGGCUCAACCAGGCCACCACCAGAGGACCCAACUCGCCCCCACUAGUCGUGAGGGCACCCAAGGCCCGUCCACCCCCCACGUCCAGCCAGGCUCAGUGCCGACGAAGUGGCUGUAAGAACCUGUCGCCUGGCUGCACGGACCUGUGCCCGGACUGCGUGGGCCGGGGUCAGCGCGAGGGCCGGCGCGCCCAGGCGCCCAAGGAGAAGAGCAAGCAGCGCUGCCGCACACUGGGCUGCGACCACUACGCCAACCAGGAGAAACAGGGCUACUGCAACGAGUGUGACCACUUCAAGCAGAUCUACCGCGGCUGAGGUCCGCGUCUCAAGACGGCGAGAGCGAAGAAUUCGCCCCAGUGCUGAUAGUCUGGACUAGCAUGCGGCUCAGUUCGAGGUGCAAUUUGAGAUCAUGAGUGGCUCGAUCUUCUUUUUUUUUUUUUUUUUUUCGCCACUGACCAAUUGGCAGCCCGCCCAUAUCAUAUACAACCCCACCUCUUCCCCUACUGAAUCAACCUGAAGGCCAAAUGAUAAAACAAAA